AUGAAGACGCCUUAUCGUGUGUCUCUGACCAUUAUCUUGGUGGUCGCCCUUCUGCUGGUGAAGAAGCAUCUGAAUUCGCUCAGAUCGCAAUGGCCCGCGCACGGUCAACUGACGGCUCGCGACUCUUACGUGGUCACCAACGGCGGCGCGCAUAUUGAGCUGGUUUCGAUCUCUAAUGACCCUGUCGAUGAUGUCGUUGUCCUGUUGAAGACUGCUGAUGUCACAAGCGCUUCAGCUUGGACUGCGACUACGACUGCGACGCCCACCUCGGAACCAACGCAGCCAUCUACGCAGUCGCGGCAGUCACCUACUGUCGCUUCACCACCUGAGCCUCUCACCGACCCUAUAGAGAAUGGACAAUCGCUGGUAUUGACCAUUCCAGUACCUGCUGCUUCGCGAGCGUUUGAUAGGGAAGAACACCCGCCUCGUCCAAAGGUCACACCAAAGUCGGAUCGCGUCAUUAUAUUGGGACAGAUGUCCUAUGAAGACACGAGCUGGCUCGAAGAGCAAUUGCCGGAAUGGCAACAUGCGGUCUAUGUCGUUGAUGAUUUCGAGGCGCCCCUACAAGUCGAACGGAACAAAGGCAAAGAAAGCAGCCCAUAUCUCCGGUACAUUAUAGACAACUAUCACCGGCUUCCUCAUUACAUGGUCUUUCUGCAUGCGCAUCAAUUCGGCAGUCAUGUCGAAUUCCCCGAGCAGGACAAUGUCCUUACCGUCCAGCGUUUGCAGCUAGACUACGUUGACAAAGCCGGAUACGCGAAUCUGCGUUGUCAGUGGGAGCCGGGAUGCCCCGACGAGGUCCAACCCUUUCGACAACUGGCCGGACGCACCACUGAGCUGGCGUUUGCCGGAGCGUGGAUCCGUAUUUUCAAUAAUACCAACAUCCCUGAAGUGGUGGGCACUGCCUGCUGCGCACAGUUUGCCGUGACAAAAAGCCAGGUGCUCCAACGCCCUCGCAGCGACUACGAGGCAUAUCACCGGUGGCUCAUGGAGACGGAGCUGGACGAUGACACGAGUGGACGGGUUUUUGAGUACCUAUGGCAUAUUAUCUUCGGGCAGGAGGUCUUAAAUUGCCCGAGCAAGGAACAAUGUUACCGUGAUGUAUAUGGGAUUGAAUGGGAGGACGUAUGGUCGGGACUGGAAAUCGAGCUUCAGGAUCCAGAAGGGCAAGGUCCAAACCUAGGCGACAGUCUCGAGGAUCCGCAAAAUUUGAAUCAAGAUCCGGUCGAUAUGAAUGGGGGUCUAGACGACGUGAAUGAGAAUUCGACAGACGUGAAUCAGACUUCGGCAGACGUGAAUCAGCAUCCAACAGACAUGGAUGAUUUGGUGAAUACACAUCAAGACCUAUAUGACGGGGUUCUGCGGCAAGAAUGA